AUGAAGUUAGCUUGGAAACAGUUAGCCUUAGUAGCCCUUCUGUUUCAAUCGAUUUAUGGAGAUGUAGGGAGUGAUACAUCAGAUGUUUCUGGAGAACUUAAAAAAGAUACUACAGAUAUAGAGAUCGGUGCCAUCAGACUUCGAAAUAAAGAAAUCAAAAACGAAGAAGGAACAAAUGAGGAUAUAGGCGUUGGCGAUAGUAAGAAGGAUGAAUCUUUGGCUAAUGAGAUUACACUUCCCGAUUAUUUAAGUGUUUCUGACUUUGAUGUCACGACAAGUAAAAUGUUGACAUUAGUGGAGUUUUUUUCGCCAUACUGUUCCCACUGCAAAGCACUCUUCCCUACCUGGAAGGAAACUUAUCAGACAUACUUUCAGGAAAUGAAAGAUUUGGGCAUUCAGAUGAGACAAGUCAAUUGCAUUGAAAGCGGUGAUCUCUGUGAUAGAGAGGAUGUUAAUUUUUACCCCAAUUUGAGGUUAUAUCUGCCAGUAACAGAUAAGGAGACAGGUGACUUACAGCAAGGUAGAUCCAAGUUUGUUGGGUCAUUUCCAAGGACCUUGGCUAGAACGAAGGAGAAUUUUAUGAGGUACAUGAAGACAUCAGUAGCUGAAUAUGCUGACGGAGUUACAGGAUUUCCCAGUGCCUCAAUUCCUUUGAGCGUGGAUGAUAUGCUCAAGAUAAUAGCAGGGGAGUAUGAUGAAGCAAUUUUUGUUACAUUUUUUCCCGCUACCGAUCAACAUUGGAAUGGAGUCGAUGAGACAAACAAAAAUACUUUCUUGAAGAUGUGCCCAGAGUGUCUCGAUAGAAAACAAUUAUGGGAUAAGUUGUCUAAUAGGGUAUUGAGUAUGGUUCGAACUGGCCAUUUCAAUUGCUUCUCGAAUCCAAAGAUUUGCGAGGAGCUAGGUUUCAAAGAUUUGACUUCAGCUGGGUUAAUAACAGAACCCAAAUUUGUUAUGUUUUUGCCAAAAUCGUCAGGAUUAAUAAGGGUUGAUUAUAACGGAGAAAUUUCUUUGCAAAAGAUGAAGAACUUUGCUUUUAAAUUAUUUGAAAACUAUCAGUACGAGACUUUGUCGGUUUCCGCAAUGUCAGAUGAGGUAGACUUAAGAGAAGAGCUUCCUCAUAAACCAUUAAAAUAUCAUUAUCCUUUGAAAAACAAGAUUGCUGUUAUAUUUUUUUACGAUGCUGAGACUGUGAGCGAUGAAGAUAAAGCCAUCUUACCUUAUUUAUUGGAGUAUGUCACUGAUUCUCCUUUUAAUAUUCACUUGGCCACAGGGAAGGCUAAAAAAUAUGAGAAGACUAUUAGGGCUCAAUUCGAAAACCUCAACAAAUUUGUUAAUGACGUAGAUGAUGCGGAUCCCGAAUUCAACCAAGCUAUGUACUUGGCUACAACAUUAACUUCCAAGCCAACUGUACUUAUAUUCAAAGAUAAUUCUUUGUUAACCAGCGUUUUUCAAAGCUUUGCUCCAGAAGAUAUACGAAAUCCUAAAAAGCUCGAACAGUUCAUCAAAAAAAACCAGUAUCCAUUGUAUCAGGAAUUGACGCCAGACUUGUUAGAUGUGUACUUUAACGAUGGGGUACCGCAGAGCUCAGAUAAGGUAGUAAUUACAUUCAUCAACUCAAAUAAUGAAGAUGAAACAAGUAAUGCACUUUAUCACAUGUCUUUAACUGCUCACAAGUACUAUCAUUCCAAGAAGAAAUACUACUUCAGGGAUUUAUCUAGUAAAAGGGAAACAAAAAAUGAAAAAGUAAAAAAACUCAUAGAGGCCAACGCUGAUAGCGUAAAGGUAAUCGAUGAGAUGAGGAAAGAAAUUCCUCAUUUUUUCGAUAAUGAUGAUGUUCUAUUUACCUUUAUCGACUUGGCCAGUGUUGACACUUUCGAUCAGGUUAAGAAUUGGAAAUUGAAAAAUCGAAACUAUAAAUCGGGAGAUUCGAUUAUUAUAAGUAAAGACUAUACUUAUUACUGGGACAAAGCUGUUAAUGGUGAAAAACUUAAGAAUGAUCCAGACAUGAUGCAUGAAACAUUACUAUCACUUCUAGAUCCUGCAUUAGUCAAUAACGUAGAGUUGCCAAAAUUAUUAUUGGGAAGUCCUUUUGGGGACAGUUUUAGGUUUAUGGACAAGAUUCACGAAAGAGGAAUAUUAGGGUAUGUCUUGUUAAUCGCUGGCGUCGUUCUUUGUAGAAGUUUUUUCAAAUUUGUUUUAAGAAAGAGACGUACUAGUUCAAAACCCGGCCUCGGCAUAAUUGGUAAUACCUCGAAGACAGAUUAA